AUGGAGGAUUUCAGAUCCAGGUCGAGCGGGGGUGGGAGGAUGCAGAUGGAGGUCUACGGGGGGAGGGGGCCGGCGGGCGGCGGCGGCGGCGGCGGCGGAGUGCAUGAGCAAAGGGGCUACGGCGGGGAGCCGGCGGUGAAGGAGAUGAAGCUGAAGAAAGGGAAGGGUGGCGGGGCCUCCAAGAGCGGCGGGUGGAGCUUCAGCGACCCGGAGCUGCAAAGGAAGAAGAGGGUCGCCAGCUACAAGGUCUACGCCGUUGAGGGGAAGAUGAAGGGCUCCUUGCGGAAGAGUUUCCGGUGGCUUAAAGACCGUUGCUCCCAGGUGGUCUACGGCUGGCGGUGA